UUACAUAACUCCAAAGAGUAUUUACUCGCGCUUUGUACUGCGAAACACCUGCGUCAAGAGAGAAAUUUAUACCGGCUAACUGAUGGCACAAGUAACAGUAACUGAGGGAGUGCUGGAAGGCGAGUUAGUGCAAAAUGAAUACGGAGGAAGUUUCUACAGCUUUAAAGGAAUACCGUUCGCCGAACCUCCUGUUGGAAGACUUAGGUUUAAGGCGCCACAACCACCAAAACCAUGGCAGGGAGUACGCAGUGCAAAGAAAUUUGGAUCAAUCUGCUGUCAAAUACUGAUGGGCUCCCCACCGCCUGUAGGCAGCGAGGACUGUUUAUAUCUUAAUGUCUACACGCCAGACAUAAAGCCCAAAAAACUGCUGCCAGUCAUGUUCUGGGUGCAUGGAGGAGCCUUCGUUAGUGGCAGUAGUAAUGCAUAUGGCCCACGGUUUCUGGUCAGGAAGGACGUUAUAGUAGUGACAAUCAACUACAGGCUUGAGGUCUUGGGAUUCCUCUGUUUAGACACUGAGGACAUUCCUGGGAACGCUGGCAUGAAAGAUCAAGUGGCAGCCCUACGCUGGGUUAAUAAAAAUAUUAAGAACUUCGGUGGUGACCCUAAAAAUAUUACCAUCUUUGGAGUGAGCGCCGGAGGUGCCAGUGUCGGAUGGCAUUUAGUGUCACCAAUGACCAAGGGUCUCUUCAAACGAGCUAUAAUGCAAAGUGGAGCUCCUACAUGUCCUUGGGCCUUGACUGUCGAGCCAAGAGAACUUGCCUUAGCAUUCGCUCGUAAACUGGGAUGCUAUUCCAAAGAUGAUAAAGAACUCCACGAGUUUUUCCUAUCGCAACCUUUAGAGUCGCUCAUUGCUACCCAAAUGCAUUUGACACUUUUUGAACAAGCAAAAAAUCUUUUCGAGCCAGUAUUUGUCAUUGUGGAUGAGAAAAAAUUCGGUGAUAAUGAAAGAUUCUUCUAUGGUGAUGUUUAUAGUUCUGUAGCUAAUGGCGUCCAUGAAGGAGUUGACGUUAUAACAGGGUACACGGAAGACGAAGGAUUACUGGGCGUAGCUCUCGGACUACCCCUAGCCGAUAAACUGGAACUGUUCAACCGAUUCCACGAGUACCCUGUUCCUAGACCAAUAGUAACUAACAAGCCUGUCGGUGAACUUAUAAAAGCAGGAAAAAUGAUCAAGGAAUUUUAUUUCAAAGACAAAAUAAAUGUUGAAGACUGGGAGCAAUUGGUAAAAUAUUAUUCUGUUGAAUUAUUUGUAUACGGUAUUAUUCAAUUCGCAAAAUUGUAUUCAAAUGCGAAGAAAAAUAAAGUUUAUUUGUACAAAUUCACUUGCAAAUCUGAAAGAAAUGCUUUGGCUCAUGUUAUGUUAGGAAUGAGUGCACUGCUCAAGGAUAAGAAGGUAGUCAGCCACGGAGAUGAUGUUGGCUACUUAUUCGAAGUUGAAUUUGUUAGGAACAAAGUAGAAUUGGGCUCAGAAACAUUUGAGUUGAUCGAUAAAGUAACGACGAUGUGGACAAACUUCGCGAAGUAUGGGAACCCGACCCCAGAUGACAGCUUUGGAGUUACUUGGACCCCGUACAGUUUGAAGCAUCAGGAUUAUUUAGAGAUCGGGAACAAGAUUGUUUCGCGUGUUGAGCCCGACAAAGAACAAAUCGAAUUCUGGGAAAACCUUUACAAGAAAUUCUGUCCAGGAUUUGUACAUUCGUCACACAAUCCAAAUACAAAAUGCUCUAUAUUUUAAUGUAAAAUUUACUCGUAUUUUAAGUGGAAACCAACUUGAAGCAUAAAUAUCGAAUUUUUAUUGAAGCAUAAAAAUAAUGUGUGGUCCUUGAAUCCUUUUCUAUUUUUUAAAUUUUCUAUAUACUUAAAUGUUACAUUUAGCAUAUCACACACGGCAGCUAUAAUGUACAUGAUUAUAAUAAACACGAUGUACUUCA